AUGGCGCAAACUGUGCUGCUGCAUGGAGUUCUUCAUGCAACGAUUUUCGAAGUCGAUAGUUUGAAGGCCGGAGGUUGCUGCACCUUCUUUUGCAAGCUGUUUGAAGAGUCAGUAGGGCUUGGGAAAGGUUGCAGACCCUAUGCAACCAUUGAUUUGGAAAAUGCAAGAGUCGGGAGAACUAGACUGCUGGAAGAAACAACCACAAAUCCACAGUGGAAUGAAGCCUUUCACAUUUACUGUGCUCAUAUGGCUUCUAAUGUUGUUUUCUCCAUCAAAGAAUAUAAUCCAAUUGGGGCUAAUGUCAUUGGAGAAGCUUAUUUGCCAGCAGCUGAACUCUUCAAUGGAGAAGAAGUAGACAGAUGGCUUAAGAUCACAAUGCAUCAUCACGGUAGACCUUUACAUGGAGGUUCUAAAAUUCGUGUGAAACUGAGGUUUUAUCCUGUAACAGGAAACUGUAAUUGGUCUCAUGGAAUUAAAAGUCCUAAAUAUCCCGGAGUACCCUACACAUUUUUCCCACAGAGAAAUGGCUGCAGGGUUACCCUUUACCAAGAUGCUCAUGUUCCUGACAAUUUCAUCCCUGAUAUUCCUUUAGCUGGAGGCAAGUGUUACGAACCUCAUCGGUGUUGGGAAGAUAUUUUUCAUGCAAUUUAUAAUGCUAAGCACUUGAUAUAUAUUGCUGGUUGGUCUGUGUAUGCUAAAAUCACAUUAGUAAGGGACACAAAGAGGCCGAAGAUAGUAGAUGGAGACUUGACUCUGGGAGAGCUUCUUAAGAAAAAAGCAAAGGAAGGAGUGAAGGUCUUAAUGCUUGUUUGGGAUGACAGAACUUCUGUGAAGGUACUAAAGAGAGAUGGCUUGAUGGGUACUCAUGAUGAAGAUACCGAAAGUUACUUCCAAGAUACCGGAGUUCACUGCGUGUUGUGUCCCAGAAACCCUGACAAUGGGCAAAGCAUUGUUCAAGAUAUAGAGGUUGGAACAAUGUUCACUCAUCACCAGAAGAUUGUUGUGGUGGACAGUGAAUUGCCAAAUGGAGCACCAGGGAAGAGGAGGAUUGUGAGCUUCAUUGGCGGCAUUGAUCUUUGUGAUGGGAGAUAUGACACUCAAUUUCAUCCCCUUUUCAGGACUUUAGGCACAGUCAACCAUGAUGAUCUCCAUCAACCCAACUUUAAUGGUGCCUCAAUUGCGAAAGGCGGACCAAGAGAGCCUUGGCAUGACAUACAUUGUAGGUUAGAAGGGCCAAUUGCUUGGGAUGUUUUGUUCAACUUUGAGCAAAGAUGGAGAAUGCAAGGUGUGAAGGACUUGCUUUUUCAACUCAGAGAUUUUGAUGAGACCUUCAUACCUCCAUCUCCGGUUAUGUAUCCUGAAGAUCAUGACACAUGGAAUGUUCAAUUGUUCCGAUCCAUUGAUGGAGGAGCUGCAUUUGGAUUUCCCAACUCUCCUAAAGAUGCUGCCAUGGCUGGUUUAGUCAGUGGCAGAGAUCAUGUGAUUGACAGAAGCAUUCAGGAUGCAUAUAUCAAUGCAAUUCGUCGAGCAAAGAGUUUUAUCUACAUUGAAAAUCAGUACUUUCUCGGAAGCUCUUUCAGCUGGCAGUCGGAUAAUGAAGAUCUCAAAGUUGAGGACGUUGGCGCUUUGCAUCUUAUUCCAAAAGAACUGUCACUAAAGAUUGUUAGCAAAAUUGAAGCUGGAGAAAGAUUUACUGUCUACAUUGUCAUGCCUAUGUGGCCAGAGGGUGUUCCAGAAAGCCAAUCUGUUCAGGCAAUACUGCAUUGGCAGAAGUUGACGAUGGAGAUGAUGUACAAGGACAUAACACAAGCUCUCAAGAACAAGAGCCUUGAUGCAAAUCCGAAGGAGUAUUUGACAUUCUUCUGCCUUGGAAAUCGUGAGAAGAAGCGAAGCGGAGAAUAUGAACCUCUUGAGAAACCAGGAAAUGGAACGAAUUACAGUAGAGCUCAGCAAUCUCGGCGGUUCAUGAUCUACGUGCAUGCCAAGUGUAUGAUAGUUGAUGAUGAAUACAUAAUCAUUGGAUCCGCCAACAUAAAUCAGAGAUCAAUGGACGGCGCCAGGGAUACCGAAAUUGCCAUGGGAGCUUACCAACCAUAUCACCUAUCGACCAAUGUACCUGCCAGGGGCCAAAUCCAUGGCCUCAGAAUGGCAUUGUGGUAUGAACACUUGGGGUUGCUCGACAACACCUUUCUUGAGCCUGAGAGUGUGGAAUGUGUGACAAAGGUGAACCAGAUUGCCGAAAAGCUAUGGAAACUAUAUACAAGUGAAACCUUAGAGGGUGACUUGCCAGGACAUUUGUUACCCUAUCCCGUAAAAAUUACUGAGAAUGGAGACGUCACUGAGCUACCUGGGGUUGAAUUUUUUCCAGACACCAAGGCUAAAGUUCUUGGAACCAGAUCUGACUUGAUUCCUUCAAUCAUCACUACUUAAAAUCCUACAUUGCAUUUCUCCUGUACUUCUUUCCGAAUUUUUUCUCUGUAAAUGAAUUCAGUGUAUAAUACCCAUAUGUUUGUUUCUUCCCCGUCUCUUCUUA